AUGUCCCACAAAGAUCUUACUCGUCUGCUUGGAGACUUCUUUGAGCCGUACUCACACCACAUCGGUAGGAUGGACUCCACCAGCGGUCUUGGAGCACCUGAUGGCUUGAGUAGACAUGCAUCCUCUACCAAUGGAUGUCGCGCCGGCGAUGCUUGCCCGUAUAUCCACGAUUUGGCUGAUGCUAAACGGAAAAACACACAGCCUGGGACGCAAGUGCAGGCCGGCUCAGCCAAUGAGGUCGAAGAUUCCCAGAAUUCUUUACAAGGUGUAGCCACCGAUGUUAGAAAUCUUUCCAUCAGUGACACAAAGGAAGUCAAGGCUGUUCCUCAAGCAGGAGCCAAGUCGGGCUUCCACGCCGGCCAAAGGCCAAUCUCCAAGGCCGAGAGCUCGAGCCCCAGAGAAUUUCAGAUCAACCAGCUGAGACGAAGGUUUCGUCCAAAGGAAACUACUGACACCUCAGGAACAUCCCUAACAAUCGAAAUGGCUCCAUCUGACCCCGAUUUUCCAUUUGAAUUGGAUACGCUGCAAUGCAUUCUGCAUGUGCCACUGUCGUAUCCUGGACAAGGAAGACCUACCUUAAAAGUAAUUAAUCCGAACAUGGAAAGAGCUUUCCAAGCCAGUGUGGAGAGAGGAUUUGAUGAUAUUGUCGACAGUACAUUGAGAACGGGGGGUCGAGGAACUCUGUUGAGUUGGAUGAACAACCUUGAUCGGCAUCUGGAGCGCUUGCUUACGACCACCGAAAGAGGGCCCACUCUCAAGUUCGUUCCUAAUGUUGGCAGCAGGGAAGUACAGGAGCAUCGAGCGCCAGAGCAGGUACGGGUAUCGCACACUGAUGCGCCUGCAACAGAACGAAAGCCAGUUCCAAAACAAACGUCAUCAGUCACGAAUGUGUCUAGGGCUUAUACUACAGAAGAAAAAGCCCAAGCAGAACGAAGAAGGGCAGUUGAAACAAAGCAAAUCGAGGCUCGGCUCGGUAGAAUGCCCCUGUUUCAGAAGUCUCCAGAUGAAUUGUCCUUCGUUAUUCCUGUGCAACCUUCCAAAGUCGAACGCCUGCCUGUUUCACUUCGGCCAAUCAAGACAGUGAAGUUGUUGGUGCCUCGUCUUUACCCCCUGGAGCCCAGUUCAAUUGAGCUUCAGGGUGUAAGAUCUCCUGAAGCCCAGUCUGUAGAGGUUGGCUUCUCGAAGUGGGUGAAGGCAAACGCUCAGCUUAACCUGAUGUCCCAAAUCAACUACUUGACAAGCAAUAUGCACACCCUUGUGACAACCGCCUUGGAAUCGGCGUCGGAACCGAAGCUGGAACCGAAGCAAGAACCAACCACGAGCUCCGCGGAUCUACCAGAUAAUCCUGCACCGUCUGGAUCAAACAAUCUGACGUUUGAAAUGGUGGACAAGCCCCAUAUUCGUGUCAUUCCGCGUCCUCCAGAAUGGAGUGCAAGAGAUACUGAUGAGGGCAGCGAGGUCUCGGACUUCUCAACAUCGGAAGACAGCUUCACAGACGAGGAUGGGGACGACGAGGACGGCGGCGCUCCUGUUCCUGACAUGCCGGCACCGACUUCUGAACGUGGAGUGGCCCUUUCCUUCCCCUACCUGGAGCUGUAUGGCAUUGAGCUCCUGGAGCUCGUAGGUCUCUAUAUUACAGUCAAGUGCGAUCGUUGCAAAGAGCACUUGGACGUGAGAAAUAUUCCGCAGGUUAAGGAUAAAAGCGAUGCUUUGGCUCCGAAAGUCGAGACGUGCAAAAAGUGUACCAACACAAUGAGCCUUGGUGAGAGCCACUCAAGUGUCUGCGAAUACCGAGCGAACGUCGCUCACAUCCAUGUAGUAGCUUUAUCCCCACCUGCGCAGAAUGCUCGACUACAUUUCCCGUCCCUGGCGUGGUUGCAGUUCGCGGCGAGAGUGCAACUGCUUCCUGCCGUCAAUGCCAUCGCAAAAUGGGUAAGCUCAGACAUUGUCAAAUUCCGAGCGUUGACUAACCAUUGGACAUCAGUCUUCAAAAUCCCCGAGGUCAAGUUCUUGAUCGUAGGAUCUGCUGCAUGUUCAGCUGUUGUGCAAAGGUUUUCCCAUGUGACAAGUGCCACGACGCAGCGACAGAUCAUCCAAACGAACAUGCAAAUCGCAUGA